CAUUACUACAUCCUAUUUUAUUUUACAGCAGAAAAAGAAUAGCAUUAAUUAUUACAUGUUUUACUAUUAAGAUUUAAUAUGAUUGACAGUGAGUGGUUUAUAUAAAAAUAUUUACAGGCCAAAUGAAGUGUAAGAAAACUGUAAAGCCUGAAUAAAGUCUUUUAAAUGGUAAUGAAGAACUAACUGCCUUUUACUCAAUGAAUCGCCGCCUUUAUACAAGUUACGUUUUUUUAUCUAAAUAAAUGUAGGUAAUCAGAAGUGUAAAGAUGGAUGUAGUAAAAUUAUUAAUAAACAUUGACAACAAAUUUGGCAACUUGCUUGGGUCAACAUGGAUAGGAAGUAUAUUUCAUAAAUUUCUGGAAUCAUAUGGAAGCUUCUAUAUUAUACUCAUUUUUAUUUGUUUGAUUGCUUUGUUUGUGGGUAUUUUAAUACUUAGGAAAUCUCACGCGAAAGCGGUAACAACUCAUAUUCCUGCAUCUCAAUCUGUGAGAUUUAGAAAAAGGGAUAAAGCUUUAUUUUAUGGCCGCAAAAUGCUACGAAAAGUUAAAUCAAUUUCUGGUCAAGUCAGAAAUUCUGGUCAGGGUAAAAAAAGAAAGAUGGUAAUGCGCUUUGCCAGAAGAUUAUUACAACUUAAAAAGGAAAACGAAUCUGAACAACUCAAGGUAUUAGAGCCACCCGCUGAAUAUUUGGAAGAAGAUCUUUUAAGUGACGAGCGUAUGCCGCGAGAUGCUCUUUACAUGCUGCAAAGCAUUCGUAUCUUUGGUCAUUUUGAUAAACCCGUUUUUCUCAAACUUUGUAAACACACUGAAAUUAUGAAUGUUCCAGCUGGAUCGUUCUUAUUCCGAAUAGGCGAUCCAGAUGAAAAUGUUUUUGUAGUACAAAGUGGUAAAUUAAAUGUGUUCAUAACAGCCAAUGAUGGUUCAACCCUUUCACUUAAGAUCGUUAAACAAGGAGAGUCGGUAACAUCGCUUCUUAGUUUUACUGAUGUUUUAACGGGCCACCCUCAACCUUAUAAAACAGUAUCUGCAAAAGCAAUAGAAGAUUCGACUGUAGUAAAACUUCCAAUGGCUGCAUUUCAAGAGGUGUUAAGUGAAUAUCCCGAAAUAUUCGUGAGAGUUGUUCAGGUCAUCAUGGUGCGCUUACAAAGAGUCACUUUUACUGCUUUGCAUCAGUACCUUGGUCUCAGUUCAGAACUCAUUGGAGGUUCAAAAACUAAGCGCAGAAGCUCUCUAAUAUCGUCGCCUUCUAGAACGAGAUCCAAUAAAGAGGAAGUGAUUGGUCCUUCAUUGCAAGACGCAUCCUUAUAUUGGCAAAAUCCGGAAAUAGUAACGUCGUCUCAGAACGUACAUACGCACAGAAGAACGAAAUCAUCAUUGGAUACGAAAAUUUUAUUGCACAAUAAUGCACCGGAUAUGGUUUCAGAUAUCGAACAGUUAUCUGGAAGUGUAGGGAAUAUGACACCGGACUUACAGGCUUCAACUUCAAAAAAGACCCUCAAUGCUCAAGCCCGUAACGAUGGCGGCAACGAUGAAUUUCUCGUUAAAGUGGCUACUGAAGCAUUUGUUAGGGAGUUGGGCCUGGAUGAUGAUUCCGUUCUUCAGGGUAAAGUUGAGGUGAGAGAAGUAGCGGCUGGUACUUAUUUAAUGAAGGAGGACUCGAAUAAAGACGUAGCUUUGGUAUAUGUGCUUCAAGGUUCUUUGGUAGUUUCCCAAAAAAUGACCGACGAAGAAGAAGAAAUACAUUUGUUUAAUGCUCAUACGGGUGAGAUCGUUGGAGGCUUAGCUGUAUUAACCGGAGAACCAAGUUUUUUUACUAUCCGAGCAAAGUAUUUGUCUCGUAUUGCACUUAUAACUACAAAUACUCUUUAUAGUAUGAUGAAAGAGAAGCCAAAAGUGGUUUUGUACAUAGCCCACUUGGUGGUGGGAAGGUUAUCUCCAUUUGUAAGGCAAGUGGAUUUUGCCUUGGACUGGGUCUUCAUCGAAUCAGGCAGGGCACUGUAUCGACAAGAUGACGAAGGUGAUUCCACAUUUAUAGUUCUUUCUGGUCGACUUCGAUCUGUAAUUACGCACAGUGAUGGUAAAAAGGAAUUGGUCGGAGAAUACGGUAAAGGAGAUUUGAUCGGAAUUGUUGAAAUGGUCACUCACACAAAGCGUAGUACAACAGUGAUGGCUGUAAGAGAUUCAGAAUUAGCAAAGCUGCCGGAAGGACUUUUUAAUGCAAUAAAAUUACGAUUUCCAGUUGUCGUUACGAGAUUGAUAAAUUUAUUAGGUCACAGGAUUUUAGGUUCUUGGCAACAAUCAAGCAUCAGCCUCACUCAAAAGAGCAACGCAGCAGUGGAAAGUCGUCCAUCACAAAUAAAUUUUUCCACGGUUGCAAUCGUUGCCGUUUCUGACAGUGUACCGUUAACCGCUUUCACAUACGAACUAUAUCAUUGUUUAUGUGCCAUAGGACCAACAUUAAGACUGACUUCUGAUGUUAUAAAAAAAACCCUGGGUGCUACCAUAACUGAUCCGAGUAACGAGUACAGGCUCACCUCGUGGUUGGCCCAACAAGAGGAUAUGCACAAAAUUGCUCUUUAUCAGUGUGAUUUAACUUUCAGCGCGUGGACUCAAAGGUGUAUUAGACAAGCUGAUUGUAUCCUGAUAGUCGGACUUGGUGAUAAUCCCCCUAGUCUUGGAAAGGUGGAGAAAGAAAUUGAACGUCUCGCUGUUCGAACUCAGAAAGAGCUGGUUCUGCUUCACCGGGAAGGAGGCUCGAAACCGUCAAACACGGUUGCUUGGUUAAAUAUGCGAACUUGGAUCUCUUGGCAUCAUCAUAUUCAAUGUUCAAAAAGAAUGUUUUCGAGAAAAUCGCUUUACCGAAUCAAUGAAUUGUAUUCUAAAGUAUGCAUGUCAGAACCCAGUAUCCAUUCCGAUUUCUCAAGGUUGGCGCGUUGGUUAACUGGAAAGUCAGUUGGAUUAGUUUUAGGGGGCGGUGGAGCCAGAGGAGCUGCACAUAUCGGAAUGAUAAAAGCAAUACAGGAAGCCGGUAUUCCUAUUGACAUGGUUGGAGGUGUAAGCAUUGGUGCUCUAAUGGGCGCUCUGUGGAGUAUAGAAAAGGACAUUACCACUGUAACUCAAAAAGCUCGUGAAUGGGCAAAGAAAAUGACGCAAUGGUGGAGGCAAAUUCUUGAUCUUACGUACCCUGUAACAUCGAUGUUUAGUGGACGCGAUUUUAAUCAAACCAUCAAAAGCACAAUUGGCGAAACGUUCAUUGAAGAUUUGUGGUUACCGUACUUUACAGUUACGACGGAUAUAAGCGCUUCUUGUAUGCGAAUCCAUACUCAUGGAUCUCUAUGGAGAUAUGUGAGGGCUUCUAUGUCUCUGUCAGGCUACAUGCCCCCGCUGUGCGACCCUGCAGAUGGCCAUCUUCUCUUAGAUGGAGGAUACGUAAAUAAUCUGCCAGGUCAUUUAUGGCGAUAUGUAAGAGGCAGUAUGUCUAUAGUGGGCAUUUUUCCACCAAUGUGCGAUCCCGUCGACGGACAUAUGCUUGUUGACGGAUGUUAUGUAAAUAAUGUACCAGCCGACGUAAUGCGCAGUUUGGGUGCAAAUCAUAUUCUAGCGAUUGAUGUGGGUUCCGUAGAUGAUCAGGAGCUGACUAAUUAUGGCGAUGACCUAUCAGGAUGGUGGUUAUUAUGGAAAAGGUGGAAUCCAUUCACUUCAAACGUCAAAGUUCCUAAUCUACCUGAUAUUCAAUCCAGACUAGCUUACGUUAGUUGUGUUAGGCAACUGGAGGUACGAAUCUUAUAUGCAUAUUAUAGAACACGUGAAGAUGAAUCCUCUAGUUCCUCCAGUUCAGAAGACGAAGAUUAUGAGGGUCAUGGUUAUGCUUCAGAACCGUCAGUCAGCACACUUCACCAUAAUGAGGAAGAUAUGCUAUCAAGAAGAGCAGGUGGUUCCUUGUCAUUGUCGGAGAAUGAGACUGAAUCCGAUUUUGAUAUAACAUCAUUGCCUCAAGCACAAAACAAGCAACAGCCACAAUCUUAGUGAUUAUAAAAGUACUAGUCUGUUAGUAGUCAAUAAAUAAAGAGGGCUUCUCAGUAUGUUCCUUGUGAUAAACUAAUAUUUUGUUACCAAUACGUAAUAAGUUUUAAAUCAUUCGAAUUUUAUGUUACAAUAAUUUUGUUUUUGUAAAAUUUCGAUGUUUCUGUAAAUAUUAAAUAAUUUUUACUGUA